CAGCAUGAGAAUUGGGUGGCGCAUGCGUAGUGAGCCAAACUCUCAUGAAGGUAGUGCAGCAGCAGCAGCAGAAUUCAACACAUUCAUAGAGUGCUUCUAGGCUCACAGCACUUUCCCGUACAUCGUAACACUUGGAAGAAAUGCGUCUUUCUUUGGACUUGACAUAAAUAUCAACUACAAGGAGCCAGCAUCAGAACAAAAUGGCCCCAAAUUCCAUCCACUGGUUCAGGAAAGGCCUGCGUCUCCAUGACAACCCAUCACUGCUGCAGGCGGUCAAAGGAGCAGGCACCGUGCGCUGUGUUUACUUCCUGGAUCCUUGGUUUGCAGGCUCGUCCAACGUCGGUGUCAACAGGUGGAGGUUUCUCCUUCAGUGUUUGGAGGAUCUUGACGCCAGCCUUCGGAAGCUUAACUCUCGCCUCUUUGUCAUCAGAGGCCAACCAGCCAACGUGUUCCCACGGCUCUUUAAGGAGUGGAAGAUCUCUCGCCUGACCUUUGAGUAUGAUACGGAGCCGUUUGGGAAGGAGAGAGACGCUGCCAUCAAGAAGCUGGCCAUGGAGGCAGGGGUGGAGGUCGUCGUCAAGACGUCACACACCCUCUACGAUCUGGACAAGAUCAUAGAGCUGAAUGGCGGACAGCCACCACUCACCUACAAGCGUUUCCAGACUCUGAUCAGUCGAAUGGAUCCUCCUGAGAUGCCCGUGGAGACGCUGUCGGACACCCUGAUGGGUCGUUGCGUCACCCCCGUCGCUGAGGACCACGGAGAAAAGUACGGAGUCCCUUCCCUGGAGGAGCUAGGCUUUGACACCGAGGGCCUGCCCACAGGCGUUUGGCCCGGAGGAGAGACAGAGGCUCUGACAAGGAUAGAGCGCCAUCUGGAGAGAAAGGCGUGGGUAGCUAACUUCGAGCGUCCCAGAAUGAAUGCCAAUUCGUUGCUCGCCAGCCCGACUGGCCUCAGCCCAUACCUGCGCUUCGGCUGCCUCUCCUGUCGCCUUUUCUACUUCAAGCUCACCGACCUCUACCGCAAGGUGAAAAAGAACAGCUCCCCUCCACUCUCUCUGUACGGCCAGCUUCUGUGGCGAGAGUUCUUCUACACCACAGCAACCAACAACCCCCGCUUCGACAAGAUGGAGGGAAACCCGAUCUGCGUGCGCAUCCCCUGGGACAAAAAUCCUGAAGCCCUUGCCAAGUGGGCUGAGGCUAAGACAGGAUUUCCCUGGAUAGACGCCAUCAUGACUCAGCUGCGGCAGGAGGGCUGGAUCCAUCACCUGGCCCGGCAUGCUGUGGCUUGCUUCCUCACAAGGGGAGACCUUUGGAUCAGCUGGGAGGAGGGGAUGAAGGUGUUUGAGGAGCUGCUUCUUGAUGCAGACUGGAGCGUGAACGCAGGCAGCUGGAUGUGGUUGUCCUGCAGUUCAUUUUUCCAGCAGUUCUUCCACUGCUACUGCCCCGUGGGCUUCGGCCGCCGGACCGACCCCAACGGGGACUUCAUUAGACGAUACUUACCUGUCCUCCGAGGUUUCCCCGCUAAGUACAUCUACGACCCGUGGAACGCUCCGGAGUCCGUGCAGGCAACCGCCAAGUGCAUCAUCGGCGUCCAUUACCCGAAGCCCAUGGUGCAUCACGCAGAGGCGAGCCGGCUCAACAUCGAGAGGAUGAAGCAGAUCUACCAGCAGCUGAGCCGAUACAGGGGACUGAGCCUGCUGGCAUCCGUUCCGUCCUCCAAUGGGAACGGGAACGGAGGAAUGAUGGCCUACCCCCUCGGAGAGCAGCAGCCAGGGUCCAACAACAACAAUUCACAUUUGCCUGGAGUGUCGGGGAGUUCGGUUUCAACGGGUAACGGCAGCGGGAACAUCCUCAACUUUCAAAAUGAAGAAGACAUGGGGCCUAGCAGCAGACAACAACAGCAGCAGCAGCAUGGAUACCCCUCAGUGCAAGAAGCCAGCCAGACCAUCAGCAGCAGCCGACUCUACCACGAGUUCGCUGUGCCUCAACACCCAGGAUUUCUGCACAGCAGAGGAAGCAUUACAGGAAAGAGGGAGCGUGAAUCGGAACGAGAAGGGGCGGGGGAGAAAGACCCGGCGUCCUGCUCCGUGCACAAGAUGCAGAGGCAGAGUGCAGAGACUACCUAGAGCAGCUGUUGAUGAGAAUUACUUUGAAAUCACCAUCCAACCAGCGGAGAGAGGGAAUCCAAACAUGGUCGCCUGUCCUCCAAACACGCGCUGACAUCACUGCCUCGAACUUUAUGCACCUACUCUCUGUCUUUAACGUCAGAGAUUCCCAGGGGUGCGAACGCAGAGUUGAAAAUGUGACUUUUGACACUUUUUCUACAAGUCCAUUGACCUUUGACUUCUUGAAAACAGGUGUGAAGACGCAAGAGGAAUGUGCAAAGUAACAAAACACCUCGAAACUUACACAGGAAAAAUGAUUCGUAAAAAUAAAUAUGUACAUUAUUGUCUUAAGCCCGCUGCCACCAGUCAGUACACACUGUGUGAACUCUGAAGCAGCUAUACAUGUCAGGUAUAGAACAAUUCAACUCUUUUUUUCAGAGACCUUUUUGUACUUUCACGCAGUUUGUAAUAAUGCUCACCAGGAUAACAUAUCACCUCCUCGCGUUCCGUUUCACUACAGGAAUAUUUCUUGUCACUAGUGUUUAAUCUUAAUAUUUGAAGAAAUUAUAUUUAUACUGAUAUUUAUUGUGCGCUUGUAAAUGUGUGAGAAAUAGAGGACAGUGAUUUUAGACCUUGAUUUCACUGGGCAAAAUGACACAAAAAGUAAUACCGUAAUUAAGUAAAGUUUCGAUGUCAAUGGGGAUUAAGGCACUGGAGGUUCAGUUACUGAGUGAGCAGGAAAUCCCUCUGAAUAUCAACGUGACUUUUCACAGUUGAUAUAAUUAACACAAGUAUUCAUUUCAUUUGAAACCAUCCAAUAAACAAAGAAAAGGUUUUCAGAUUGUAUGUCACCCGUAUCAGGGAUUUAAAAAAAAAAACUCAGACCGGUUUUUAUUGUUGGUCUGUAAAAACAUGUAAUUAGUUAGGAGACAUUCAGAUGUGUCACUCUGGCUGUAAAACUGCCUUUUUGGAGUGUGGCAUUGUAGGUAAAGGAGUUCUUAAUAGCUUCCCUGGUAGUUCUGUGUUCCAUUGUGUGAGAUUAUCAGACACAUAGAUGAAACCUUCAAUUAAAAUAUAUAUUUUUUUCCAUUUCUAUGAAAACCAUGACGGUCUUGAGCCUUUGUCGCUUUUAACAUAACACACCGAUCGAUGAAACAUGAUCAGGCUCUGUUCUGUGCUGUUACUGAGAUUUCCUUUUCUAUCACAUGUUUUAUUCUGAGUUUCCAAUGUUGCUUUUUCAUUGUAAAUUAUUAAUUAUGUACAGAUCCGCUCUAUGGUUUCACGAUGAUUUGUUAUAGAAUUAUUCAGAUUUUCACAGCUGUUAUAUUUCUGUGAUAUGUUGAUUUGACUCAACGCUUAGAAAGUCACUUGCAUUCUCACCUCUUUGUUUCCCCCAGAAAUCUUCAGGGUUUCUAAAAGAGUAAAAGAAAAUUGUAUAACUUUGGAGUAUCUCUAAGGCAUUCUGUGCUGAAAUUUGAACAUUUUUGCUGUGCAACACGUUCAACAACCAAAAACAUGUGGUGAUUCAUUCGCGAGAGGACGUGGAUGUUACAUCUGUCAAAUACCAUGAGGACAGGGAUCAGUUCACUGUAAACAAGGGGUUUUUGUCCUAAGAUUUUGAGGUACAAAAAGGAGGAAAAACGAUUUAAAAAGAGGGAAACGACAUUCCUCAAAAACCUUGUACCCUCCUGAAGACUGCUUCACAGGGAGGUAUUUUAUUAGUUACUUUAUGUAUUGCUUCUUGCUAAAUUUUGCAGCAAUAGUAAAUACAAAAUGUCAAAUAACUGUUUCAGAGUGGCAACGCUGUACAGUCUAUUGGAGCGCUGUACAGUCUAUUGGAGGAUUGUGUCUUAUUUAGUUUCUACCCAACCCUCCAUCAUCACCUUUACUUCUGAUGAGAACUAAUCCAAGGAAUGUAUGAUUGGCCACACCUUUCUGUUUCUCUCACACACACACACACACACACACACACACACACACACACACACACACACACUAAACAUUGAUAACUAGUGCAUACACAAACAGAUACAUCUACUGUAAAUCCUGACAUUAAAAGCAGUCUAAUUUAAGUCUAAAUGUAACAUUAUUUAAAGUGAUCCCUUGCAAUUGGUCCUGAUUGAUUAUAUAAAUCUGUAUCAUGAAUCUGUAAGUCCUUAAAAGGAUUUUGGAACAUUAUUAGUUUAUUUUAAGUCAAACCAAAUUCUUUUAAUUUGUUUUUUUCUUUGUUUUGUUCUCCUCGUUGUGACAUGAGCAGCUGCCAUCUAUCAUCUCUGUAAUAUGUAUCUCUUUCUUCGAUUCUCCGUGUGUUGUGAAACACUUUUGUUAUGCUUGAUUAAGUUCCUGACAGGAAAUAAAAACUGUAACAUACUGA